UCAGUACUGGGGAGAGUUUUGAACACGGAACAAGAAGCUGCUGAAUCUCCUCACUUGCUCAAGAUGUCAAAGGUCACUCUAUGGGUUUCAGUUGGAGUGUUUGUGUUGGGAUUUGCUUCUUGCACUAUCACAUGUCCUGAUGGGAGAAUUUGCUCAGACAACAACACCUGCUGCAGGACUCGGAGUGGAUAUGGCUGCUGUCUCUAUCCAAAUGCAGUGUGCUGCGCUGACAUGGCCCACUGCUGCCCGUCAGGAUAUCGUUGUAACCUGGUUGUUCUGACAUGUGAGAAAGUAAACCAGCCGUGGCUGAGCAUACCCAUGGAGAACAAGGAGGCUGCAGAGAAACCAAGCACCCCCAAUCUGUCUGGAACUCCACUUCAGGAGCUCACAGAGAGCCACGUCCCAGAUCCAAUAAAGAGUUCAGUGGUCUACUGUGACAGCUACACCGCCUGUCCUGAUCGCACUACUUGCUGCAGACACCCAAAAGGCGGCUGGUUCUGUUGUCCCUACUUUCCUGGCCAAUGUUGUCUGGAUGGCUACCACUGCUGUCCAUAUGGAUUGGACUGUGACCACACCUACACGCACUGUGUGAGGGACAGACUCACAUAUCCUUUCCUCCGCAAGCCAGCCCUGCCUUCAGUACCUGCCUCUCCCAUUCCUUCUUCAGAGGACAAAGAAAACUAGGAAGAGGGCCAGUGCGGCAUUGAUGGAGCUACUCUUGGGACCUUUCAGGACCACAGAAAAAUGCCAAAAUAUGCUCAGGAUAUUCUGUAAAACUGCACUUUUCUUUUAUUAUUAUUUUUAAAAUUAUGGCCAGAAAUCUGAUAAAAAGCAUUUUCACCAAAGAAUACUGCACAGACUGGAACAUCUGAUAUAGAUUCAGAUCAGUCUCAGAAGAACACAGUUAAUAAACAAUGAGCACAACUGCAUAAGAUUAGUUUUAAUUAGGGGUGGGACUUUAACGCGUUAAUUUCGAUUAAUUAAUUACGGGGAAAUUAACGCGUUAAAAACUUUAACGCAUUUUAAUCGCACUUUGCACCGUGGAACG